UUCCUCUCACGCCCACUUCCAACCUAGGAGGCUUUUGGUUUCUGCUUUUGUUGUUUUAAAAAUUAAAAGUUAAACCCAGGAAGCUUUGGAUCAGACUUUUUGCGUUGCAGUUCGGCACGUGGAUUAAUUGAUGUACAUUGAGUUUAUGGAGCCACCUUUUUGUGACCUGCUCUUCCUUCAGUUUCUAAGAAGAAGAAGGAGCUCCUGAAUCCAAAAAGAUGCCUCGAACGAAACAGAUUCAUCCUAGAAAUCUAAGAGACAAAAUUGAAGAAGCACAAAAAGAACUUAAUGGGGCAGAAGUUUCAAAAAAAGAAAUUCUAGAAGCAGGUGUUAAAGGAUCUUCGGAAUCUCUGAAAGGUGUGAAACGGAAAAAGAUUGUUGCUGAGAAUCACCUGAAAAAGAUACCAAAAUCCCCCCUGAGGAAUCCUCUGCAGGCAAAACAUAAACAGAAUACCGAAGAUUCGUCUUUUGCAGUUCAGAGUGUGUCAGAAUCUCACAAGAAGUCGAAUUCUGUUCCUGUAAGAAAUGGGAAGCUGUUCACCAGACAGAAUGGAGAGGCGCCUGCCCUGACUGCUGAGGCCUCCAAACCCGGGGGCUCCGUCUCCCCCGAGAAGCCCUCGUUUCUGCAGCGCCCGGCGGAGCUGCGGAGAUGGAGAUCGGAAGGUGCGGACCCUGCCAAGCACAGUGUGCUGCCUGAGAACUGGGACUCGGGUUCUCUGUCCAGUAAAACCAGGACUGACAGCAGUGAAUGUAUCUCUCCUCACCGCACCACGCCCCCCGCGUACACCAACACCGCAUUUGAUGUCUUACUGAAAGCAAUGGAGCCAGAACUGAGCACCUUGUCACAAAAGGGCUCGUCUUGUGCAAUUAAGACAGAAAAACUGAGACCAAAUAAAACUGUACGAUCCCCAUCUAGAUUAAAAAACAGUUCAGCGAGUGCCCCAAAUCAGACUCCACCAGAACCCGUUGCCGAGCCGCAGCUUCCUCCCAGUACCUCAUACACAGUGCAUGUCUCUGCUCCUCAGAAGAACGAGCAAGCAGCAGUUCAGUCGGUUUCUCAUCUGGAUAAUCAGCGGGAACACUUUGUUUCCAAACCUAAUCAACACAGUCAGCAGCUCCCCGGGCACUCGGGUUUCGCAGGAGCACUGACGAAUCUGCAAAGUCAGGAGAACGGCAAACACGAACAGGUGUAUAACUCAGCAGUGACAUCAGCCACAGGUCUCACUUCUCCUUCCAGUAGAACUCAGGUCACUCCUCCAAACCAGCAAGUGGAUUCUGCUUCACCUUUGUCAAUAAGUGCAGCCAAUUCCACACAGUUGCCCCCUGCGCCACUUUAUAAUUCAACUCACGUUGCCUCUGUUGUUAAUCAAAGUGUAGAACAAAUGUACAAUCAUCUUCUGAAAGAUCAGAAGCCAAAAAAGCAAGGAAAAUAUAUUUGUGAGUAUUGCAAUAGAGCUUGUGCAAAGCCUAGUGUGCUUUUAAAGCAUAUCCGCUCCCACACAGGAGAGCGGCCCUAUCCCUGCGUGACUUGCGGAUUUUCAUUUAAGACUAAAAGCAAUCUGUAUAAGCACAAAAAAUCCCACGCACAUACUAUCAAACUGGGCCUCGUCUUGCAACCAGAUGCUGGUGGUUUGUUCUUGUCCCAGGAGUCCCCCAAAGCACUUAGUAUCCAUUCAGAUGCAGAAGACAGUGCAGAGAGUGAGGAAGAGGCUGCUGCUGAAGGAAGACAGAAUGAGCGGGGGGCCAUGGACUUGCAGCCUGUGCAGAUAAUGAAGAGGUCGUUAAAUCCUGAAGCCUUUCCAAAAUCAAGUUCCAUUCUAAGCAAUCCAGAUCAGGUGGCAGGUGACUUUUCACUACAGGACCCAUCUUCAGAAUCACAAGCUGUGACAGACUUACCAAAAGUUGUGGUCCACCCUAUCAGCGUGUCCCCAUCCAGAACCGACAGCUCGCAGGUUGUCAGUGCCAAGCCCGAGCUUCCUAGUGCACACAGACAGAAGGACCUUCAGGUAACAAAGGCACUGUCACAGUCUGCCACUGUGACCUCCCUAGAGACUGAGGAGAAGUCCCGUCAGAAAGGGGACACAGGUCAGCCGGAAGGGAAACAGGACUCCCAUGGUGGAGGAGCGGCCCACGCCCAGCUGCAGAGGCAGCAGGCCACCGAUCACUCCCAAGAGCAGCAAGGAAAGCUGCUGCUAAGCCCUCGCAGUUUAGGAAGCACAGAUUCCGGCUACUUCUCACGAUCUGAAAGUGCGGAUCAAACAGUGAGCCCACCCACUCCCUUUGCCAGAACCUUCCCCACCACCGAGCAAGACUCUGCUAAGAGCAAUGAGCCCUCUGCACCAAGACUCAAUACACCAGCACCCUCCGCGCUGUCGACAGGGGAAAAGCCACCCCUCGUACCUGGUCAGAUGCGCCCGCCCUUGGCCACCAAGACCCUGGAGGAACGGAUAUCAAAGCUCAUCUCAGACAAUGAAGCCUUGGUGGACGAUAAGCAGCUGGACAGCGUGAAGCCACGGAGAACCUCUCUCUCCAGACGAGGGAGCAUCGAUUCCCCCAAAUCAUACAUAUUUAAAGAUUCUUUCCAGUUUGACCUGAAGCCAAUGGGACGGCGAACCAGCUCCAGCUCUGAUAUACCCAAGUCCCCGUUCACCCCGACCGAGAAGUCCAAACAAGUGUUCCUCCUGUCCGUUCCUUCCCUCGACUGCUUGCCUAUCACAAGAAGCAACUCCAUGCCGACCACAGGCUACUCGGCCGUCCCUCCGAAUGUGAUCCCUCCCCCGCACCCACUGAGAGGAAGCCAGUCAUUUGAUGACAAAAUUGGCACUUUCUACGACGACGUCUUCGUCCCGGGACCUAACUCUUCUGUGCCACCAAGUGGACAUCCUCGCACUCUCGUCAGGCAGGUAGCAGUGGAAGACUCUUCAGCCACUGAAAACCACGUUCUCGGCCCCAGCCAGUCCUUGGAUGAGGGCCACCAGGGAGGCCACGCCACCACGGAACCUGUGUCGGCCCGCGGCAAGACCUCGGCACCGGGCUCCCAUCUGGAGAAAAAGAAGUCUCAUCAGGGCCGAGGGACCAUGUUUGAGUGUGAAACCUGUAGAAACAGGUACAGGAAGCUGGAAAAUUUCGAAAACCAUAAGAAAUUCUACUGUUCAGAGUUACAUGGGCCCAAAACAAAGGUCCCUGUGCGGGAGCCCGAGCACAGCCCCCUGGGGAGCAGCGCGCAGCCGCAGGUUCUCCACUACAGGGUUGCAGGCUCCUCGGGCGUCUGGGAACAGACGCCGCAGAUAAGGAAAAGGAGGAAAAUGAAAAGUGUUGGAGACGACGAGGAGCUUCCACAGAACGAAAGCGGAACUUCCCCCCAAAGCUCCGAAGCCCUACAGUUUCAGAACGCCCUGGGCCCCGUCCCCAGCCUGUCUAAACCCUCUGUCGCCGGAUCAGGGGACCAGCAGCACCGACACGUGCAGCUGCAGAACUCCCAGGUGCAGCUCGUCACCAGAGGCCCUGAGCAGACUGUGGACCCAAAGCAACAGAUAAGUUUGGCUGCCCAGGACCGGGUGGAGGUGAAGAGACAAGGGGCCGGCAUCUCCGUCAUCCAGCACACCAACUCCCUGAGCAGACCCAGUUCCUUUGACAAAGUUGAGCCCUUCGAAGGAGCUUCCACAGUUUCUUUCCAGGAGCUGAGCAGAACUGGGAAGCCUGGGUCUCUGAAAGUAGUAGGGAUCUCCCCAGAGGACACGUCACAUCCUCACCAGCCUACGCUGUCAGAAGCUGUCAGAGGAGAGCCAUGGGAAAGUUCCAGAAAGAUGACAGGCGAGCGGCAUGUGCUGGGACAGCCCUCGAGACUUGUCCGACAGCACAAUAUCCAGGUGCCAGAAAUUCUGGUCACGGAAGAGCCAGAUCGAGACCUGGAAGCCCAAAGUCACGAUCAAGAAAAAUCUGAGAAGUUCAGCUGGCCUCAGCGUAGUGAGACCUUGUCAAAGCUGCCAACAGAGAAACUGCCACCCAAAAAGAAGAGGCUCCGUCUGGCCGAGAUCGAGCAUUCCUCUACUGAAUCGAGUUUCGACUCCACUCUCUCCCGGAGCCUAAGCAGGGAGAGCAGUUUAUCCCAUGCUUCAAGUUUCUCAGCCUCCUUAGAUAUAGAGGACAUCUCUAAGACAGAGGCUUCACCAAAAAUUGAUUUUCCAAAUAAAGCAGAGUUUCUUUUGAUUCCACCUGGCUCGAAUACGCUGAAUGUUCCCGGAAGCCACCGGGAAAUGAGGCGGGCUGCAUCUGAACAGAUCAGCUGCAUGCAGACAUCCCUGGAGGUCCCCAGCUUCAGAAGUAAGUCAUUCGACUGUGGCAGCAUCACACCAACCCAGAUGACACCGCUUGCUGAGUCACAGCCUUCGACCCCCACCUCUGGCACUGGGGUCACCGGACACGUGCCUCUCUUAGAAAGAAGGAGAGGCCCGCUGAUCCGGCAGAUAUCUUUAAACAUAGCUCCAGAGAGUCUUGUGCCUCCAGUGAACCCACCAUCUUUCCAAAAUACUGCUCUGCCCAGCGUGAGUGCAGGGCCAUUUCAGGGUCCUCCGCUCCCUAAUACACCUUUGGGUGAGUUUUCAACAAACACUUUGCACUCCCAGACGCAAGCUAAGGAUCUGCGGACAGAAGCGCCAAGCUCCAGCUCUGCUAACAUCUUUCCUGUCCAACAGCUUUUUGGUGUCAACUUAUUGAACCAAACCCAUACACCCCUUGGCCAGCAGAACGCACAGCUGCCUCUGCCGGGGUCUGAGCAGGGUGACACACCAGGUGCACAAUCCACUCGAUGUGUGUCUUCUCAAAGCAAGGAUUGCUUUGCUCCCAAGUACCAGUUGCAGUGCCAGGUUUUCACCUCAAGCCAGUCUUGCUCCUCUAAUCCCGCACAUCCUUCACCGAAUCAAGUUCUUUCAGAUCCAGACAGAGCAGAUAGUUGUGCAACUUCAGUGGCAUUGCCAAUCAAAUUAGUGGAUCCCCUGUGUGAUUCAUGUCCUCUGCCACUGCCGGAGCUCGGGCCACCGGGCAGGCAGGUGCACAACGUGCCAUCCUCAUUCAUGCUGCCCGUGCAUCUGCAGAGUAAUGUUCCCACGUACUGUUUUGCCACUGUGAUAUCUCUGCCACAGAUCCUAGUGACCCAAGAUCUGUGCAGCACGCCAGUUUGCCAGGCUAAUCAAACGAUAGUGCCAAUCAGUGAAGAACAGAAUUCUGUGCCACAGUCACAGAAAGCUCACCAGAAUGCUUUGCCAAAUCCAGAGAAAGAGCUUGUUUGCAAAAAUAUUUUUUCAGAGUUCAGCCAAAAUUCUCACUCUGAAUCCUUGCCGGUCACUCAGAAAAUGUCUGUUGGUAGACUUUCCCCCCAACAAGAAUCUUCAGCUUCUAGUAAAAGGAUGCUCUCCCCAGCAAAUAGUUUAGACAUCGCCAUGGAAAAGCACCAAAAACGGGCUAAAGAUGAAAAUGGAGUUGCUUGUGCCACAGAUGUUAGGUCCAUAGAGCCAUUAAGUUCAAGAGCAAAUGAGGUUAAUAAGCAGAAAAAACCAGUUUUGGUGAGGCAGGUUUGCACUACAGAGCCCCUUGAAGGUGGGAUAUUGGAACAGGAAGCUUUUUCUAAGCCUGAAACUGGUAGUGAGGCUGUUAAUUUGCCAGAUGUUUUACCAGCUGAUCAUUUGUCAUCAGGACAGUCUAAGUUGGUAGUCACAGAACCUAUCAGUGAAUUACAAGAAUUUGAAAACAUCAAGCCAUCUGCAUCAUUAACUCUCACAGUCCAGAAGUCACCUGUCACUUCAGAAAACAACCUCGUUUCCCCUCUGAAAUCUGCAAACAGUAACCAGGAAGGGGAGUCUCCAGGGGCGAAGAGCCAAGGGAACAAAGCCAGUGCACAAGGGCAGGGUCAGCCGCCAGCCACCACCCUUCCACUGUUGGGCCCUGCGGAUGCACAGCAGCCCUCUUUCCCCAGCCUCAAGACUGCCACCAGCUUCACAUGGUGUUACCUGUUAAGACAGAAGUCACUGCCUUUGCCACAGAGUGACCAGAAAACGUCAGCCUACACCGAGUGGACAGUAAGCAACGGUGACCCAAAUCCACUUGGUUUGCCUACGAAAGUUGCGCUUUCUCUCCUUAACUCAAAGCAGAAGACUGGAAAAUCACUGUAUUGCCAAGCAAUAACCACCCAUUCCAAAUCAGAUUUGUUGGUCUAUUCAAGCAAGUGGAAAAGCAACCUAAGCAAGAGAGCAUUAGGUAAUCAAAAGUCCACAGUAGUUGAAUUCAGCAAUAAAGAUGCCUCUGAAAUUAACAGUGAGCAAGAUAAAGAAAAUUCCUUAAUCAAAAGUGAACCAAGAAGAAUUAAAAUAUUUGAUGGAGGGUACAAAUCAAAUGAAGAGUAUGUGUAUGUCCGGGGCAGGGGAAGAGGAAAGUACAUUUGUGAAGAAUGUGGAAUUCGUUGUAAGAAACCUAGUAUGUUAAAGAAACACAUACGAACCCACACCGACGUCCGCCCCUACCACUGCUCUUACUGUAACUUCUCCUUUAAGACAAAAGGAAAUCUGACAAAGCACAUGAAGUCCAAGGCUCACAGCAAGAAAUGUGUGGAUUUAGGCGUCUCAGUAGGUUUAAUAGAUGAACAAGAUACAGAAGAAUCAGAUGAGAAGCAGAGAUUCAGCUACGAGAGGUCUGGCUGUGACCUUGAGGACUCUGACGGCCCUGAGGAAGAUGACAACGAAAAUGAAGAGGACGAUGAAGACAGCCAGGCCGAGUCGGGCCUGUCCGCGGCUCCCUCUGUCACCGCCAGCCCGCAGCAUCUUCCCGCUAGAAGUGGCCUGCAGGACUCCGCAAGCGCUGACGAGGACGUCAGGACGCCCGAGUGCUGCCCCGGGGCACAUGCAGACCCAAUGGAUGUGCUGCCUAGAGCGCUGCUCACCAAGAUGACCGUGCUGAGCGCCAUGCAGUCCGACCGCAGCCAGAGGACACACUCUCCAGCCAAGCCCGCGCAGCAGGCCGCCAAGCAUGAAGGCCAGACAGGUCCUCCCGUCGAGCCUUCCAGGUCAGCUGAGGCUGCAGCCAGGUCCCCCUGCCGUCAGAUGUCUGUGGACUACCCUGAAUCAGAAGCCCUGCAAAACUCUCUGACAGGAAGGACUGUCGCAGUGACACAGGACACGUCAUCUGCCAGACUCCCUUCUGCUGCAGUGGAGCUCAGUGCUCAGCCUGCACCAGGGGCUCCUCCCGUGGCUGCUCACGAACAAAAGUCACCACCACAAGUCGCCCUCCCCGUGCCGCCAGGCCUGCCUUCCGCCCACACGCACUUGUUUAGCCACCUCCCCCUGCAUUCCCAGCAGCCGUCCAGGACACCCUACAACGUGGUGCCGGUGGGGGGCAUCCACGUGGUGCCCGCCGGCCUCACUUACUCCACGUUUGUGCCCAUUCAGGCUGGGCCAGUGCAGCUCACAAUUCCUGCUGUCAGUGUCAUUCACAGAACCGUGGGCACCCCUGGGGACACGGGCACAGAAGUUCCCAGCACUACAAAUCCCGCGGGGGUGGCGGAGCUGAGCGGCGUCGUGCCGUGCAUUCCCAUCGGCCAGAUCCGCGUGCCCGGCCUGCAGAACCUGAGCGCCCCGGGCCUGCCGUCCCUCACGUCGCUGAGCAUGGAGACCGUGAACAUCGUGGGCCUGGCCAACGCCAGCAUCGCCCCGCAGGCGCACCCGCCGGGGCUGGCGCUCAACGCCGUGGGCCUACAGGUCCUGGCCGGGACGCCCUCGUCGCAGAGCAGCCCCGCCCCGCAGGCGCACCUCCCCGGCCUCCAGAUCCUCAACAUCGCCCUGCCCACGCUCAUUCCCUCCGUCGGCCAGGUGGCCCCCGACGGCCCGGCCUCCCAGAGCAAAGCGUGUGAGCCGCUAGCCAAGCAGACUUCGGCGGCCAGCGCUCAGCAGGUCAGCAGGACCGAGUCUCCUCAGGGGUCACCUCAAGUCCAGCCGGAAAAUGAAAAAAACAGGCCGGGUCCACCCGCCCCCGCAGGUGACCGCGCGAGGCUCGAUGGCUCAGGUGCCCUGGACCCCGAGAAGGCCGCCUCAGCGAGUCAGGGCAGACCCAGGCCUGAGCCGAGCCGCGGGCAGGGCCAGGCGGCCACCGCAGAGCCCCUGCGGAGGGUGCGGGCGGAAGCCGUGGGCAAGCCGGCCGGCCCGCAGAUGGACAGACCCACGGACAGACCGGCGUCCAGGCCCGCAGCUCCGCCCCAAAGGCAGCCCCCCGUGCAGUUCAGCGACGGGAGCAGCGACGAGGACGAGGACAGGCUUGUGAUAGCAACCUAGUGGUUUAGUUUUUAUUAUUUUUUUAAAUAACACUUAAAGGUUUCUUUGAAAACCCUCUUUUCCUUAAAGCACAUUUUUCUGACAUAAACUCAUGACUAAUCUUUGUGCAAUCAUGAACUUUUGACCAAUAAUUGUUGUUUUGUGUCAGCUCCAGCCAUUUUUGUACAUGUUGUAUAGACAAUUGUGCCUUUUAGAAGUUUUAUGUUUAGAAACUGUAGAGAUUGUUGAAUCUCUCUCUCUAUAAAAAUAUGUUAUAUAUGUAUAUGAAAAAACCAGGUAGUUAUUUGUGUUUAGUAAGAAGAACCCAUCAAAUAAAUCAGAUGAUUAAAUUAUAUGUUUGCACUGUUGAAUAUAAAUUUUUAUGGCCGUGGGGCAGUUUCUGUGUGUAAAUUAGUAUGUGAACUCCAUAUUUAUUGUAUUCAUAAUAGUCUUUGAAAAUGGAUCUGUCCUCCUCCUUGUGUACGACAAUAACUUUACACUUCAGACAGGUUUUCUGUGUUAUGAACUGUUUCAGUAAAACAUUGUUUACUGACUUUA